UAAAUAGCUUGAAGCAGCAAUUGCCUCUCUGUCUCUCUCCCCCUCCCACGCGAACAAAAUCAAAGAAAUGGGAGGGCCCAACAAUGAUCCCAUCACAUUGGACAAAUCCGACAAGAUUUUCGUCGCCGGACACCGCGGCCUUGUCGGAUCCGCCAUUGUCCGGAAGCUCCGCCUCCUCGGCUACGCCAACCUACUCCUCCGAUCCCACUCUGAACUCGACCUCACCCGCCAAUCCGACGUCGACGCCUUCUUCCACUCCGAGAAGCCCCAAUUCGUCGUCCUUGCCGCCGCCAAGGUCGGCGGCAUUCAUGCCAACAACACUUACCCUGCCGAUUUCAUCUCCAUCAACCUUCAAAUCCAAACCAAUGUCAUCGACUCAGCGUAUCGCCACGGGGCCAAAAAGAUCAUCUUUUUAGGUUCCUCUUGCAUUUACCCCAAAUUCGCACCCCAACCGAUCCCAGAAGACGCUCUGUUAACGGGUCCAUUAGAGCCCACCAAUGAAUGGUAUGCUGUUGCAAAGAUCGCUGGCAUCAAAAUGUGUCAAGCGUAUCGAAUCCAGUACAAUUGGGAUGCAAUUUCUGCUAUGCCCACCAACUUAUACGGCCCCAAUGAUAACUUUCACCCCGAGAAUUCGCAUGUGUUGCCGGCAUUGAUGCGGCGGUUUCACGAGGCCAAGGUUUCUGGAGCGAAGGAGGUGGUGGUGUGGGGGACAGGGUCGCCAUUGCGAGAGUUCUUGCACGUCGAUGAUUUAGCCGAUGCUGUGGUGUAUUUGUUGGAGAAGUAUAGUGGGUUGGGUCAUGUGAAUGUGGGGAGUGGAAAGGAGGUGACAAUUAAGGAGCUUGCUGAGCUAGUGAAGGAAGUGGUAGGGUUUGAGGGGCAGCUUGUAUGGGAUACUUCGAAGCCGGAUGGGACGCCGAGGAAGCUCAUGGAUAGCUCAAAACUUGCAGGAUUGGGAUGGAUCCCGAAGGUAUCACUUCGGGAUGGGCUUGUUGAUACCUAUAAGUGGUACUUGGAGAAUGUCAAACACUAAUGCAGGUGAUUACACUCGAAAUGUGUUUUUUAAAUCAGCUAUAAACUCGUUAUUUUAUCACAGCACUAUUAUUAUUCGUAUAGUCACUGAGAUUGAUGAUCAGCAUUAAUUUUGUGCUAUUAUUUAUGUAGUAGUGUAAUUAGUUGUGCAAUGUUUUCUGAGAUUUGUCACUGUACCAGGAUUGAAUAAGCUGUUUUUAAUUCAGGAUAAAGGGACUUGGUGUUGCUUAUGUAAUUGAAAAUUUUCUUA